AUGGUUGAUGUUAUUGUUGUUUCUUCAUCAUCCGAUAAGUUGAGACCAUCAAUAAUCGAUGCCGCGGGUGCGGAUGUUAAAAAUGAAUAUGAAAAUGAAAUUGAAAAAGAUAAAAAUAUACAAUUUCUUGUAACGUCAUCAGGCAAUUUGAACUGUAAAAAGAUUUUCUUUUUACGCUGGACACCAAAUUCUGAUGAAACAAUUCUUAGACAAACAAUAGAAGAAGUUGUUACAAAUUCAAUACAACAAGCAAGAAAUUCUAACUUUAAAACUAUAGCAUUUCCCGCGAUUGGAUGCGGACUACAUGGCUGUUCUAUUGAUUUCGUUUCUAAUGCAAUGUUGACGACAGCAAGAAAUCAAUUAUUAUUAUUAGAUAUUGAAUUAGAAGUUUUAUUCAUAAUACUACGCGAUCGACGAAAGGUAUAUAAUAAAUUUGUAGAACAACAUAAAAUUAUUCAAAAAUCAAACGAUUCCUUUUGGUAUGCAAUUGAAAAAGCAAAAAUGACUGCUGCGGAAUAUCAACUACCAGAUACUUGGCAAAAUAAGACAAAAGACAGUGACCAAAUGCUUUAUAGAUUAAAACGUUCUUCCACUGAAUAUGUUUCAUGUUUAAAACAAUUUAAAUUAACUGAAGUAACUGUUAGUCGUAUUGAACGUAUACAAAACAAAAGAUGUUUUAUACAAUAUCGUGCACAUCAAAUAGAUUUUAAAAAACGUUUGAAAACCAAUAGCGAAAAAGUAUUAUUUCAUGGAUGUGCAGAUACAGCAGCAAAAUCAAUUGUGGAACGAGGAUUUGAUCGAGGAUAUGCUGGCACAGUAUCUGUAUUAAUUGGAAAAUCAACUAAAGGUAAUAGUGAAAUGAAUGUUUGUCCGAUUGGUUACGAUUCAACUACAAAUGGAAGUAAUAUCUAUGUAGUGUAUCAUGAUGCACAAACACUUGCAGAAUAUUUAAUAACACACAAAGACAAUAAUUUUUGA